CCCUCCUUCAACCAUGGGACGGCCUAGCAGGUCAGCAACCACGACAAGCACAGCAACCAAGCCACAAAAAGGACCGAUCGAGACAACUACAGAAUUGGAGUAUGGAUUCAGGACUAAGGACAACACCAAAUGCCAUUUUCUGGAAAUGCUCCCAAUGGAGAUCCGCUUCCGGGUUUUCGACCUACUAGUCGCCCCUCUAGAAACCGCCGAGGUCUCGAUCCAAAUCGAGCACACGGAAAAGAAGAUGGGAGACGAUCUCGUCAUUGUCCUUUCAAAGACAUGCAAGCAGAUGCAGGGCGAAUAUCAAGCGUGGCUAAAGAGCCAUCCAACGUUACGUCUGAGCCCUCGAUAUGGACUUUUCGUACCGGAGCGGACGACGUUCUUCAUGAGCUUCCGACCCAGGACCUAUCGGAAUCUAUCGUACAACAGAGCCAAGGCGGCGCUGCCCGUGUUCGAGAGGUUCUGUCAGGAGCCCGCGCACGCAGACGUCCGGAAAGUCACGGUCGAUUAUGGGUGGCUGGGUGAUAGGAGCGCCUUCAUACGUAUGGCGCGGUGUAUGCGGGCCUUCAACCACCUGGAGAUAUUUGAAGUCAUCACGCCGAUCAGCGAUGGCAAGCGGUGCGGUUGGUAUGAUUGGGAGACCUAUGAAGAGACCUUCACCUCGGAGAGUUGGGAUGAUUUGAAGGGAGCUGGCUUUAAGGAUGGCGGGGGUCGAGAAUCCCUCUGCUUUGUGGUCACCGACUCGGUGGUCUUUCACGAAACCUGGGUGAAUGUUGUGGAGUUGGGUGCUGAGGCGUCUGUGUUUUGAACGACACCAGAGGUUGCAGAGGAGAUGGGUGUAUAUUAUUACCAGGAGUCCUUCAAAGAAAGACCAUUCAGUCCAGUACCGAGUGUAU